UAAUCUUCUAUUCUUCGGAUAUCGCCUUUCUGAUGCUUACCCAUUUUAGUUUCCUCCGAAAAGUUUCGAACUUUUUAUAGUUGGGCUGGUUUUGUGCAACUCUUCGUACACCGAAUUCUUUGCUUAUUUGAGAAAACAGUGGACUUUUUUUUUCCCUUUCCUGAAGAGGGUUUUUACCCGUUUUGCUUGGGAGCUGAGAUUGAUUUGGGGUCACAUCCAUGUAUUUGUUCUUGGUUUUGCUUUGACGAGCAGGAAUCAAGCUUUUCGCUUUAUUAUUGAAUGUGUAGUAUGUGCCAUUAUUGUGGUGCUGGUUUGAUGGGAUCAAAUGUGGAUGAGAAGAAACAGGAUGAUGAGAGUAGUUUGAAGUUGAAUAGUAAAGUUCCCACAAAGCUAGAGCGCGAAAAUAUGAAAUUGAAUGGUACAAGUCCUUUUGCGACUCCACACAUUAGUCCAACUUCAUCCUUGUCAAGUGAUUUUUCUGUUGAUGUGAACUCAUUCGACAGGAUGAGUCGAAUGGGGAAUUGCAAAAAGGGAUGGAAAACAAUUCCCAAGAAAGCAGUAAUGACAAUGAGGACGCAUCCUCUCCUGAAGAGAUGGAAUAUUCUCUUCCUAAUGAUGAAGAUGAAGACGAGGAUAACUGGGGUGAUCCAGUUCCAAGGAUGAAGUAAGUGGAUGCAAUAGGUUCAAAGAGGAAAAACAGAGAGCAAUGGAAGAAGUAAUGAAUGGAAAAU